GGAGAUGACAGUUUAGAUGGACUUAGACAUUCAGACAGGCCUCUUGCCUAGAUCAGCCCCCUCCUCCUUCUCGCCUGCUGUCCUGCUGUCCCAGGUUUAACCCCUCUUUCUCCUUGGACUCAGGCUGCCUCCGGAAGCCAGAGUCAGCUCUCUAUACAUUUAACAGGAAUUCAAGUCUUAGCACAAACCCAAUUCUAGCUCUAAGGAAAUCUCAAUUCAGUCCCAGAUCUGUCUCCAGCCUGAGGGCCCAUCAUGGAGAAGGACUUUCAAGAUAUCCAGCAGCUGGACUCUGAGGAAAACGACCAUCAGCUCAUUGGCGAUGAGGAACAAGGCUCUCAUGUGCAGAAUCUUAGGACAGAAAAUCCACGUUGGGGAGGACAGCCUCCUUCCAGGCCCUUUCCACAGCGCCUCUGCUCCAAGUUCCGCCUCAGUCUGCUCGCCCUGGCCUUCAACAUUCUCCUGCUGGUGGUCAUCUGUGUGGUUUCAUCCCAAAGCAUGCAGCUGCAAAAGGAGUUCUGGACCCUGAAAGAAACCUUGAGCAACUUCUCCACCACCACCCUGAUGGAGUUCAAGGCUCUGGACUCCCACGGAGGUAGCAGGAAUGACAACUUGACUUCUUGGGAAACCAUACUGGAGAAAAAGCAGAAGGACAUAAAAGCAGAUCACUCCACGCUGCUCUUCCACCUGAAGCACUUCCCCCUGGAUCUGCGAACCCUGACCUGUCAGCUGGCGUUCUUCCUGAGCAACGGCACAGAAUGCUGCCCCGUUAACUGGGUGGAGUUUGGUGGAAGCUGCUACUGGUUUUCUCGGGAUGGGCUCACCUGGGCUGAGGCUGACCAGUACUGCCAAAUGGAGAAUGCCCAUCUGCUGGUCAUCAACUCCAGGGAGGAGCAGGAAUUCGUUGUAAAGCACAGGGGCGCGUUUCACAUUUGGAUAGGUCUCACCGACAAGGAUGGCUCCUGGAAAUGGGUGGAUGGGACGGAAUAUAGAAGUAACUUCAAGAAUUGGGCUUUCACUCAGCCAGAUAACUGGCAGGGCCAUGAAGAGGGGGGAAGUGAAGACUGUGCUGAAAUCCUGUCAGAUGGCCUCUGGAAUGACAACUUCUGCCAGCAGGUGAACCGCUGGGCUUGUGAAAGGAAACGGGACAUCACCUACUAGGAGUCUGCUCUACUAUGUCUUUGUCAACCCUCCCCCCAACCCCCGCAUCACUCAUUAGGAGUCUGCUCUACCAUGUCUCUGCCCCACCCCAUCACCGCAUCACCCCAACAUUUUCACUGGGGAUAUUGGAGCAAGAAAGAGAGACAGAGUCCCAGGCAUGAGGGGGGUUAUGGGAGAAUGGAAAGGGGGUGGCUCUAUGGUCUCAUACGUUAGGAAGACUGAGAUUCCACCCCUCUUCACAACUUAUUACAAUUGUUAUAAAUUUCAACAAUGGAGUAGGAAAGAAAAAAAUAAACAAUACCAGAAACUCA